CUUUAACCAAUGCAAGUUAGAGAUGAGAUUAUGUGUGUCUACAAAAAGGAGAAGAAGACUACACUUAAUUACUUACCUCUGAUCGAUCAGCUCCCAUGGCCAUGGGGUCUCUCCAACUCUCUCUCAACCACAACUACUACACCAUCUUGCCGCCGCCAUUUAUGAGCACAACCAAAAUUACUACUGCAAAACCUUCCAAUUCCUUCUUUCCCCAAAAGCCAUAUUCAUCAUCCCUGAAAUGCAGAGUUUCUUUCUCUGCUCUACCACAGCAUGAAACUGGCCAAUCAUCCAAUAAGCAUGACAAAGAAGAAGAGGAAAUGUAUGUGGAAGAAGAUGGAAGAAAUUUGCAUGAAAUAUGGGCGGAGAUUCAAGGAUCCAAUGAUUGGGAAGGGCUACUGGAGCCCAUGAACUCCCAUCUUCGCCGCGAAAUCAUUCGGUACGGCGAGUUCGCCCAGGCCUGCUACGACUCCUUCGACUUCGACCCGCACUCCAAGUACUGCGGCACCUGCAAGUACGACGGCGCCCAGUUCUGCGAGAAGCUGGGCAUGGCGGACCGCGGCUACCGCAUCAGCCGCUACCUCUACGCCACCUCCAACAUUAACCUCCCCAACUUCUUCCAGAACUCCAGCGUGAACAGAAUCUGGAGCCAACACGCCAACUGGAUGGGCUACGUCGCUGUCGCCACGGACGAGGCGGAGAUCCGACGGCUAGGCCGCCGCGACAUCAUCAUCGCGUGGCGCGGCACCGUCACCUACCUGGAGUGGAUCCACGACCUCAAGAACAUCCUCCACCCCACCCAUUUCUGCGACGAUCCCGACAUCAAAAUCGAGUCCGGUUUCUUCGACCUCUACACCAAUUCCAAGAAAGACGAUUCCUGCAACUUCUGCUCAUAUUCCGCCCGGGAACAGCUCUUGGCCGAGGUCAACCGUUUAAUCGAGAGAUACAAAGGGGAGAAUCUAAGCAUCACUGUUACAGGGCACAGCCUCGGAGCGGCCUUAGCUCUGUUGAGCGCAUAUGACAUUGCAGAAAUGAAAGUUAACGUUGUACACCAAGGCCAAGGCCAAGGCGAGACUUCCGCAUCAGCAAUUAAGAUUCCGGUUUCUGUUUUCUCCUUCGCGGGUCCCAGAGUGGGCAACCUUAGAUUUAAAGAAAGGUGUGACGAGCUAGGGAUCAAGGUUCUGAGAAUAGUUAAUGUUCGCGACAAGGUUCCGACCGUGCCCGGGAUUAUCGCCAACGAGAAAUUCCAAUACCAAAAGCAACUGGAAGCCACCCUCAAGAAUUUCCCAUGGAGCUAUGCGCAUGUGGGAGUGGAAUUAGCGCUUGACCACUCACAUUCUCCGUUUCUAAAGACCGGCACCGAUCUCGGCUGCGCCCAUAAUCUGGAAGGACACCUGCACCUCGUCGACGGAUACCACGGCCACGGCCGCCGGUUCCAGUCGGCGACGGGACGGGAUAUUGCGCUGGUGAACAAAGACUCCAACUUCUUGAAGCGGGAGCAAGGCGUGCCGCCGCGGUGGAGGCAGGACGAGAAUAAAGGGAUGGUGAGGACCGGCGACGGCCGCUGGGUGGUGCCGGAGCGCUCCAGAAUCGAGGCGCAUCCUGCGGACACCGGCCAUCACUUCCGCAAGGUUCUCCGCCUUGCUCGGGCUAGAUUAGAGUUAUUCGAGAAGAGAGUGCAAGUAGCUAAGCAGUAAUAUAAUUAUUGUUAGUAGGAACAAAAUAUGUAUAUAUUCGUUCAUCACAUAUUUUAUUACAAUUCGCAUAUAUUGGUUCAUAAAAUAAAUUAGGUCUUUGUAUUUAAUUAAGUUGAGAUAAUUAAUUUGUAAAAGUAAUGAAGUUAUUUUUGAGUGGAGAAGAA